CUCAUAAUAAGUAGUUUUUUGGCUGAGUUGUGCAGAGACAAGUUCCAGUGUAAGAAGCUGACAAUUUUCCUGUUUUCUUCUUCCUUUCAGAAUGGGUUCUGGUGGGGUACCUUGGGUGCUGGGUCUGCUAGUGAUUCUGAUCAGGCUGGAGUACUCUAUGACAGAAGGCAGAGACUCUCCAGAAGAUUUUGUGAUUCAGGCAAAGGCUGACUGUUACUUCACGAACGGGACAGAAAAAGUGCAGUUUGUGGUCAGAUUCAUUUUCAACCUGGAGGAGUACGUACGUUUCGACAGUGAUGUGGGGAUAUUUGUGGCACUGACAGAGCUGGGACAGCCCGAUGCUGAGCAGUGGAAUAAUCGACCAGAUAUACUGGAGAUGAGCAGAGCAUCUGUGGAUAUGGUCUGCAGACACAACUACAGGCUGGGAGCCCCCUUCACCCUGGCGAGGAGAGUACAACCAGAGGUGACAGUGUACCCAGAGAGGACCCCGUUCCUGCAGGAGCACAACCUGCUCAUCUGCUCUGUGACAGACUUCUAUCCAGGGGACAUAAAGAUCAUGUGGUUCCGAAAUGGACAGGAGGAGAGAGCUGGGGUUGUGUCCAGUGGCCUCAUUAGGAAUGGAGACUGGACAUUUCAGACUGUGGUGAUGCUGGAGACGACCCCUGAACUUGGAGAUGUCUACAGCUGCUGGGUGGAGCACUCCAGCCUGCUGAGCCCUGUUUCUGUGGAGUGGAGAGCUCAGCCUGAAUAUUCCUGGGGAAAGAUACUAAGUGGAGUUGCAGCCUUCUUAUUUGGGUUAAUCUUCCUUCUGGUGGGAAUUGUCAUCCACCUCAGGGCUUGAAAAGGUCUCAAGAGCUUUUUUGCUCAGUACAAGCAUACAAAAGUGUUAACUGAAGCUCUUCCCUGGAUCCUGAAGCAGUGCUCAGUGGCCUGGGUCCUGCGUUAGGUAAAGGACACUCAAGAGAUUAAUGUUCCGAGGAUGAGCCUUUUCCAUCACACUUGGAGUACUGAACUAAUUCUAGAGCGUAUGCUUUGAGGUCAUGUGUCUCCCACCUUUCCACCUUCUUCUAUUUGUGUACUUCAUUAGUUGCUAUUUCCAAAGACAUCAUUCAGAAAUAUCCCUAAAACCGAACUCCUUCCAAUUCCAAGCUGUUUACUUUUCUAUGGCCAGACCUAACCCUCUGAGUUGUGAUCCCUAAAUCUUUAUUUGUUCCAACUGUAGUCUCCACAGCCUUUAAAAGAUAAAGGGUCAUAUAUCACUAUUUUCUUUUCACGGUUUUAAAGAAUCUUUUUAUUGUAAAAUAAAACAGAAAUAGACAACCACAUAAGAUGUAUUAUUAAUGGAUUAUUUAAAGCCAAACCCCUGUAAUCACCAUUCAAAUAAAGAAACAGAAUUUUGCCAGUCACUGCAGAAAUCCUCUUGUUCCUGAGGCCAGUUAAAUCCUUUCCUCCCAUCAAAAGUAAACAUAUACUCUGUUUACUGUAACAUAUCUCUUGUUGUUACUUAUAACCAAUUCAUCUAAAGAAGACUCCUAAACACUGUACUUCAUUUUCUGUUUUCUCCUAGAUUUCACAAAUUCUUCCUCCAUCAAUUUCUUUUCAUUAAGAUUAAUCUGUUGGUCUGAGCUACUUGACCCAAAGUGUUUCCCACACUCUGGAUUUUUCUGACUGUGUACACAUGUUGCAGUUUAACAUGUCUCAUUGCACUCUGUACUUUCUGAAAACUAGCAUUGGUUAUAGGGGCUGGAUCAGACUUUGUUUUGAUAUGCUUGGGAAGUCCAAAGCUAGUUGGGUGGUCUUUCUUCAGAAGAUGUGUAAUGUCCACUUGUUUUUCUUUUUGUGAUGUUAGUAAUAGGUAGUGGUGAUUGCCUAGGUCUGUGAAUUUAUUGGGGAUUGAAAAAUGGUGAUAUUUCAGUUCUAUAAUUCCUUCACUGUUUAUUUAUUGGGUAUUAUUUUUCUUUUCACUGUGUUAUUUGUUCUGAGAGCACAAAAUCUGUAGUGGCUGAAAUUGCCGGUGUCUUAGCACAAAUUGAAGCAAUAAUACCAAACUGUAGAAGUAGUCAAUUAUAUUUUCCACUGCCAUGCACUUAUAGAAAAAAAAUGCCAAUUUCAGUUAAGAAUAGCUCUGUGGAAGCAAUAAUAAUCACUACUUUUGCUAGGUCUUGAGACUUGAGUACACAUCUUAACAGUGUGGCAAAACAAGGAGCUUUUCAGUUGCACAGAAUGGAAAGGCAGUUGUGCUUUACAAGUGCUUAAAUUUUGAAUGGACUUAGCUGCUUUUUUCAAGUGGAUCAACAUCUUCCUUGAAAGAAUGUCUGACAGACAUACUGUGGUUAUUUAGACUUGGAUAUUUGAUAGACAUUUUCUCAACAACAAAGUAAAGCUAUCAUUUCAAGGAAAAUGAUAUUGACAAUAACAUUGUAUUUUAAAGAGAAAAUUGAAAUUUGGCAAAACUUGCCACAGUUUCACAUUACCUAAAGACUUUCUGAUGUGAUUGGUGCUGAUAUUAAUAAAUGAGAUUUAGUAAACAUUGCUUAACACAAUGUGCCAAUUUUUAAAGGUUUUUAUAACUGCAUGUACCAAUACUUUCUGAAAGGUCAAUGGAUGAUACCGCAAAAUCAGUAUGCAUAAGAGAUCUAUUCAGAGUGCAAGAUAGACCAGUGAAAUUUUUUUUUCCACUACUGGGAAUCGAACUCACGACCUUGUGCUUGCCAGGCAGGCGCUGUGCUGCUGAGCUAAAUCCCUAGCCCGACCAUGAAUUUUAAUGUACCAGAAUAUGAAAAAGUUCCUUGAUAAAGUUUCAGAUUCCAUAUUGCAAUUAACUUGUAAAAAUUCACCAUUUCUUGAGUUUUAGUGUCUUAACAGAAAAGAAAACCCCAAAAGUCAAAAAGGCUAUUAAACUUUUCCUCUUCUUUCCAAUUACAUAUUUGAGUACAGCCAGGCUUUCUUCAUGUACUUCAACCAAAACAACAUAUUGUUACAGACUGAACAGAGAAGAAUAUGUAAGCAAAUGAUGGUCAUUAAGCCAGACAUUAAAGAGAUUUUUUAAAAACA